GGAAGAUUGGAAAUGCAGCUCUGGAGUUUGCUGCUGCCUCUUGCGCUUCUCUGUACAGCCUUCGCCAGUGGACCCGAAUGUGGGAUGGACGAGCGCUCCCGCAGGGCGCGAAGGGACACCAGGCACAGCCGCCAGCUCCGCUACACCGCCCCGGGCACCUGUGCCACCAGGUUAGCCCGAGGAAGGCGCUCCACGGCUGGGCUGGAGCCUGGGCAUGUCCCCCGCAGGAGGCAACAGCGGGAGGUAAAGGACGAAGAGGAGUCCCUUACCCCGAGCAGGGCGCUCUAUUUCAGUGGACAAGGUGAUCAGCUGCGGCUGAAGGCAGAUAUUGAGCUGCCCCGAGAUGCCUUCACUUUGCAAGUGUGGCUGAAAGCUGAAGGAGGACAGAGAUCUCCGGCUGUCAUUGCAGGACUGUAUGACAAAUGUUCUUACACCUCCCGUGACCGAGGAUGGGUCCUGGGGAUUAACACCAUCAGUGACCAGGGGAAUAGAGACCCCCGCUAUUUCUUCUCGCUGAAGACGGAUCGUGCUCGCAAAGUAACCACCAUUGCAGCACAUCGCAGCUACCUCCCCAACCAGUGGGUGCACCUGGCUGCCACCUAUGAUGGGCACCUGAUGAAACUCUAUGUGAACGGUGCCCAGGUGGCCACAAGCGGAGAGCAAGUGGGCAGCAUCUUCAGUCUUCUGACUUUGAAGUGCAAGGUCCUUAUGGUUGGAGGAAAUGCCCUGAACCAGAACUAUCGGGGUUACGUAGAGCACUUAAGCCUCUGGAGGACAGCCCGGUCUCAGAAGGAGAUCUUAUUGGACAUGGGCCAGGCAAUUCACAGACAAGACACGCCUCUACCUCAGCUAGUUCUUCAAGACAGUUUACUGAAUGUGAAAAACACCUGGUCUCCCAUGAAGGAUGGCAGCAGUCCUCAGAGCAAGUUCAGCUAUCAGCAUGGCUAUUUGCUGGAUACCAGCCUAGACCCUCCUCUCUGCGGACAGACAGUCUGUGACAACACGGACGUCAUUGCCAGCUACAACAACCUCCCCAGCUUCCGCCGCAACAAAAUCGUUCGCUACCGUGUGGUAAAUCUCUACGAUGACAAGCACCAGAACCCCACCGUCAGCCAGCAGCAGAUUGAGUUCCAGCAUCAGCAUUUAAAUGAGGCUUUCAGCCGCUACAACAUCACCUGGGAGCUGGAGGUGCUGGAUGUGAAGAACUCUUCCCUUCGCCACCGACUCAUCCUGGCCAACUGUGAUAUCAGCAAGAUUGGGGAUGAGAACUGUGACCCGGAGUGCAACCACACCUUGACGGGGUACGAUGGUGGGGACUGCCGGCACGUACGCCACACGCUCUUCAACAAGAAGAAGCAGAAUGGUGUGUGUGACAUGGAUUGUAAUUAUGAGAGGUACAACUUUGAUGGUGGGGAAUGCUGUAACCCAGAGAUAACAGAAGUCACCAAGACGUGCUUUGACCCAUACUCUCCUUACAGGGCAUACUUGGAUGUCAAUGAACUGAAGAACAUACUCAAAUUGGAUGGAUCCACACACCUCAACAUCUUCUUUGCCAAUUCCUCUGAGGAAGAGCUGGCUGGAGUGGCAACUUGGCCCUGGGAUAAGGAAGCUUUGAUGCAUCUAGGUGGCAUUGUGCUGAAUCCUUCCUUCUAUGGUAUCCCUGGCCACACACACACCAUGAUCCAUGAGAUUGGGCACAGCCUGGGGCUCUACCACGUCUUCCGGGGAAUCUCUGAGAUCCUCUCCUGCAGCGACCCGUGCAUGGAAACUGAGCCCUCCUUUGAGACUGGGGACCUCUGCAGUGACACCAAUCCUGCUCCUAAGCACAAGCUGUGUGGAGAUCCAGGACCUGGCAAUGACACGUGUGGUUUUCACAGCUUCCUAAACACACCAUUCAGUAACUUCAUGAGCUAUGCAGAUGAUGACUGCACCGACUCCUUCACACCCAACCAGGUGGCCAGGAUGCACUGCUACUUGGACCUCGUCUAUCAGAGCUGGCAACCUGUGAAGAAACCAGCUCCUAUUGCCAUUGCCCCCCAGAUAGUGGCUCGGACCUCCACCUCUGUCACCCUGGAGUGGUUUCCACCCAUUGAUGGGCACUUCUUUGAAAGAGAAGUGGGAUCAGCAUGUGAUCUGUGUGUGGAAGGAAGAGUCCUGGUGCAAUACGCCUUCAGCGCCUCUUCCCCGAUGCCCUGUGAUCCCUCCGGGCACUGGAGCCCACGGGAAGCAGAAGGCCAUCCUGAUGUUGAGCAGCCCUGUAAAUCCAGUGUCAGAACAUGGAGCCCCAACUCAGCAGUCAACCAACACACAGUGCCCCCAGCCUGUCCUGAGCCUCAGGGCUGCUACCUGCAGCUGGAAUUCCGCUAUCUGACUCCAGAGUCCCUUACAGUCUGGGUGACAUUUGUUUCCCCAGACUGGGACUCCAGUGGAGCAGUGAAUGACAUCAAGUUGCUCACCAUCAGUGGGAAGAACAUUUCUCUUGGGCCGCAGAACAUCUUCUGUGACAUCCCGUUGACCAUCAUGCUGGAUGCAGGACAAGUGGGUGAGGAGGUGUAUGGAAUCCAGAUCUACACCCUGGAUGAGCACCUGGAAAUUGAUGCUGCCAUGCUGAGCUCCGUCCCCCACAGCACACUGUGUGCAGACUGCAAACCCAUCCAGUACAAAGUGGUUCGGGACCCUCCUUUCCAGUCUGGGUCUCCAGUUGUCAUCUCAAACCUCAGCAGAAGAUUCAUUGACAUGGAACUGAGUGAUAGGACCACCUACACAUACCAGGUCAUCGUUGUUUCUGGGACAGAGGAGAGUGAGCCUUCCCCCACCCUGGUGUAUGUCUCUGGAAGUGGAUAUUGUGGAGAUGGGAUUAUCCAAAUAGAGCUGGGGGAAGAAUGUGAUGAUAUGAACAAGAUCAACGGUGAUGGCUGCUCCCUGUUCUGCCUGCAGGAACUGUCCUUUAAUUGCAUUGAUGAACCCAGCAGAUGUUAUUUCCACGAUGGCGAUGGAGUAUGUGAGGAAUUUGAGCAAAUGACCAGCAUCAAAGACUGUGGUGUUUACACUCCCAAAGGCUUCCUUGAUCAGUGGGCUUCCAAUGUCUCUGUCUCACACCACAGUGACCAGCAGUGUCCAGGAUGGGUGGUCAUUGGUCAGCCAGCAGCAACCCAGAUGUGUCGAACUAAGGUGAUCGACUUGAACGAUGGGGUCUCUCAGUAUGCCUGGUAUCCCUGCACAGCCAAUUUCCAGUACUCCCACAUUACACAGACCGUUUUCUGGUUGAAGGCUUAUUUUUCCCAGCCUAUGGUAGCUGCAGCAGUCUUAGUUCACUUGGUCACCGAUGGGACCUAUUACCUGGAUCAGAAGCAGGAGACCAUCGGUGUGCAGCUGUUUGACACCAAAGAGCAAAGCCAUGACCUUGGUGUCCACGUCCUGAGCUGCAGGAACAAUCCCCUGAUUAUCCCCGUCAUCCAUGACCUCAGUCACCCUUUUUAUCACACCCAGGCUGUCCUCAUUAGCUUCAGCUCCCAGUUUGUGGCCAUCUCCGGGGUGGCCCUGCGUUCCUUCCACAACUUCGACCCCAUCACUAUCAGCAGCUGCCAGCGAGGACAGACCUACAGCCCGGCGGAGCAGAGCUGUGUCCACUACACCUGCGAGGCCACCGACUGCCAAAAGCUGGAGAUCGAGAACGCGGUGCUGAGCUGCACAGGGGGUGGAUGGUACAAUGGUGCCCAUUGCAAUGUCAGCUGCAAGACAGGUUACAUCUUGCAAGUCCAGCGAGAUGAUGAGCUCCUAAAGAACCAGAUGGAGUCCAGCAUCACCAUGACUUGCAAUGAUGGAAAGUGGAACAAGCAGGUGACCUGUGAGCCAGUGGACUGUGGUGUCCCAGACCAGUAUCAUGUCUACCCAGCCACCUUCAACUGCAGCGAGGGGACCACCUUUGGCAAGAAAUGCUCCUUCACUUGCCGACCUCCUGCUCUUCUCAAAGGAAACAACAGCAACCUGACCUGCAUGGAGGAUGGGCUGUGGUCCUUUCCAGAGGCCCUGUGUGAGCUGAUGUGUCGAGCACCCUCCGUCGUCCCUAAUGCUGAUCUCCAGACCAUUCGUUGCCGAGAAGAUAAGCACAAAGUGGGCUCUUUUUGCAAGUACAAAUGCAAACCAGGUUACCAUGUCCCUGGAUCCUCCAGAAAAGCAAGAAAGCGAGCCUUUAAGAUCCAGUGCACACAAGAUGGCACGUGGCUGCCGGGCGCUUGCGUGCCUGUUACCUGUGAUCCUCCACCUUCCAAGUUCCAUGGGCUCUACCAGUGCUCUAAUGGCUUCCAGUUCAACAGCGAGUGCCGGAUCAAGUGUGAAGAUGAUGAUAAUCAGUCGGGUCGUGGAAGCAACGUGAUUCACUGCAGGAAGGAUGGCACCUGGAGUGGUUCCUUUCACCUCUGCAGGGAAAUGCAGGGCCAGUGCACGCUGCCCACCCAGCUCAACAGCAACCUGAAGCUGCAGUGUGCCAGUGGCUAUGGCAUAGGUGCUGAGUGCACCACCUCUUGUCCGGAUCACAGUCACGAGCCCAUCCUCCUGCGUGUGAAUGAGACCGUGCAAGACAUCCAGCACUGGAUGAACCCUCAAAGAGUGAAGAGCAUUGUGUGCACGGCAGGACUCAAAUGGUACCCUCACCCUUCCCUGAUCCAUUGUGUCAAAGGCUGUGAGCCUUUCAUGGGGGACAACUACUGUGACUCCAUCAACAACCGGGCCUUCUGCAACUAUGAUGGUGGGGACUGCUGUGCCUCAACAGUCAAGACCAAAAAGGUUACUCCCUUCCCUAUGUCCUGUGACCUCCAAGGAGAAUGCGCUUGCCGGGACCCCAAUGCCCAAGAGCACAAUCAGAAAGAUCUCCACGGCUUCAGUCUUGGGUAAUGCCAAGCAACACGGAAUGGAGGACCACACUGCUCAAGGCAGGCUAGGAGAGACACCACAUCCCUUUUGGUAUCGUUUUUAACAUUUAGCUGCUCAACUGGAUGGCAAUUCUGCACCAGGGACCCUUAGAAUUCAACCAGUCUGCCUUUAAUUUUUGUCCAAGAAGAACUCAAAGUAGGGGGUUAUGAAUUAACUAUAUCUUAAAUAGUGAUGACAAGAAUCAAACAAGCACGAGUCAAGUCAAGAAGACUUUCAUGUAUCAAAACAGCAUGUUAUGCCCACCUAAUUUGACCAGUUCAUAUCUAGAUUCAAGGUGAGAAACAAGCUAUUUAUGUACACAUAUUUAUAGAAAUAAGUAGAGAAAGAGAGACAGAGCGAGAGAUUCUGAUCAACACAAAAACACUUUCCCCUCUCCAGCACUCACAACUCAGAGCAUUCACAGAAGAGGCUGUGUUCUUGGAGGACUCCAAGAUGAGCCUUUUCUGAUGCUGAAUGCCAAGGUACCGCAUGCUCGGGGCACUGAGAUUGGGAUGGGAUCUCCACGGGGCUGUGCCUCUUGGCAAGCGACUUGCCAGACGCCCAGCCAGCUUGAGAAGUGGGAUGCAUCUGCUCCUCACAGGAACGCUAAUUCCAGCCACGGAGCUCAGCAGACUGCAGUGGCCUUUCUGUACAGCUCCUCCUUCUCCCCCUUGCCCUCAAAAAGCCAACAAAAAGCCCUCUUGUAGCCUGCUGGGAUGUUUCUGUGUGGAGGUGGACAGGUGGUCCCAUGGUGGAGUCGGGGGUGGUGGGGGAGUCUAAGGACUGGCAUUGAGGAAUGGGGAUGAUUGCUUCUGAGGAGCAGAGAGGGUAACUUACCCCACACUUGUCAUUUGAGCAUGUCUGCUGCUGCUACUCCUGCUGCUAUGUCCCAUACAACUCAUUUCCUUACUGUGUCAGGACAGGGUGAAAACAAUCCCACGCAACCAAACAGUCUGCCUUAAAGCUUACCUACAGCCUGCCUUUCAAACCCUCUGGUAUCUUCCUCAACACUGGGGCAAGAAAACAGGACACCAGCUAGCCAAAAGAAUCUGCUUUCUGGCACCCAGCCAGGUGGUUCUCUAGACCUCCUCCAUCUGCCUCUUAUGACGGUAUAUAUCUAAUAAAUGCUUCAGGCUCCUGUUUUCUCUGGAGCAGGGAAGAAGAGGAGGAAGGGCAUGAUAUGGCAAAAGGACU